GUUUUCGAUGCAAAUUGUGCAAGUUUUGCGUGCGUAACAAUGCCUAACCAAUACACGACACGCUUUCAUCUGUCCGAAGGCAGAGAAAGCCCGCGACGAUUGCCUGCUUGGCUCGACUGUCACCGGAAGCCCGUUUCGAUGAUCUUACGGUUAUACGCAACGUUAAUUUUUUGCUGGGAUGUAUUCAUCAUCUUGGUGCAGUUCUUUCUGACUUUACUGCAAUCUUUGUUCCAUCUGGUACGGCCGGCCAAAGCGAAAUCGCUUACCGGUGAGGUAGCAGCAGUCAUCGGCAGCGGUCGAGGAGUGGGAUAUGAUCUGGCCAUCCAGCUAGCGGAACUAGGCGUAAAGGUAGCAUGUAUCGAUGUGAAAACAACGGACAACGAUCUGUUGGUGAAGAGAAUUCAAGCUGCCGGAGGUGUGGCCUGUGCGUACGAAUGUGACGUCACGAAGCAGACAGAAAUCAACCGAACCGUGGCUGCGAUCGAAAGCAAUCUGGGCACGAUUAGCAUGCUAUUCCACAGCUGCAAUGUCCCGAGCGCACGGAGUCUCGUUACCGAACCACCACCGAUCGAAGUGACUUUGAAUGUUGGUAUUGUGUCCCAUUUCCUGCUCCUUGAAGCGAUACUUCCCAAAAUGAAGAAGGUAUCCCACGGCCACAUCGUCUUCCUAACUUCCGUCGCCGGUGUAAGCGGAUUGAAGCAUCAAAUGCCACUGGCCGUGUCACAGUUUGCCGUGCAAGGUUUGUACGAAUCUACGCUCGAGGAAUUACGCAUCGAAAAGCGUCAACACACCAUCCACACGACGCUCGUGCACAUCUACCCAUUCAUCAUUACUGACCACUGCCUAAACGACAUCCGACUGCGCAUUUCUUCCGCCUUUGGACGCAUCAAAUCCGAUGAAGCAGCCCGCCGUAUAAUAGCGGGCGUUCGGCGAAACGAGCUAGAAAUUAGCAUCCCGAAAUAUUUACUCUUCCUAAGCCAUUUGCUACGACUGCUACCGAGGCGCGCAUCGCUUCUACUGCGUGAGCUGAUCGAUACCGGGUUAGAUCUGUGAAGGGGA